GUCUAUAUAAGAACCUCGGCACCGGGGUCGCGCCCAAGUAGUCUAUUGGCCGUCAAAGAGAAGACAACGGAGCCCCUACCAUUGACCCGGUUCGCAUCAUCGUGGAUUAUUAAUACCAAUAAUUAACAUCGCCAAACAAGCCAAAUCAAAAAUGAACUUCAAGAAUAUCUAUGCUGUAUUUCUGAUGGUCGUCGUACUCAUGACCGCCUGUGUUUCUGCCGAGGCAUUCAGAAAACCACCGUUCAACGGUAGCAUCUUUGGAAAACGAAAUUCCCCAGUGCCCGAGUAUGACAAUCCGAAACAGUCGAUAUACACCAUGUGUCAAAUCGCAUCCGAAGCUUGCCAGACGUGGUUUCCCACCGUGGCCGUAGAGAAGAAAUAAACAUUGUUCUUCAUAGUAGUCCAACAGUAGAAUCAAUAUAUAACGUUUAGUAGUAGUGAUAUGAGAAGGAUUUGUCCUAAAUUAAACGGUUGAGUGUAUGUAUACGCAUUAUAGUCAUUUGUAGUCGAAACUUGAGCCUGGCAAUUAUUCUUCUCAAUAAACGCUUUAAAAAACACAUUAUUGUUAAUGCAAAUAUUGUCAUGUUUUUAAAUUAUGUGCUUUUUUUACAUCCAUCCGACUAUUGUUUUAUCUACAAUAAUACCUACUUACAAACUGUAUAUAGCAUACAAAUUAACAUGUGUACACAUUGUGGUCCUAUCAAGCCUAAUCUACCGCAGUUCUACAAUAAUGUUAUAGUGGUAAUUAUGGUAAUUGGUUAACUUGCUGUCAAACGAAGUUUAAAUUUGCGCUUUAAUUGUAAUUCCUCUUGCUAUAUUACAUUUACUAUAUGUUUGAUUUUCGAUAAAAACAAUUUUUUUUUGUUAUGUACAUAAUAAUAUAUGAGCCAAAUCAUUUUUUCGCCCAUUUAUUGUAACUUCUUUUGUUCGUGACAAUUUUUGUAGACUAUCGUGAAAGUAUAAUAAAAAAUGUUUAAGUCGUCUGAACAAACUAAUAAGCACAUAACUGACACCGAUGUCUUUAAAAGACAAUAAUAUAGAAUGUUUAAUAAUAUGGACAAUUGAUCGCCAAAAAUACACUGUAGUUGUACAACUUUAUAUAAUAAAUAUUUAUUGACUUGAAACCACUCAGAGUUAUAGACAGCUUUGAAAUCUGAUAUUAUAACUACAAUAUCUACUUAUACCAAAUAAAGAGUAGCAUUUGCCCUUGUUGACCCAAACCUCAGAUAUAAACGCUCGAAGCUGGCAUUAAGCGUUUAUAAUAGUGUAACAAAUUACUACUAUCU